UUUGCUCACCCACACAACACCAUUCACAUUUCACGCUUUACCAGCAAUCCACUGCCUUGUUAGCUGGAUCCGAUCGACCUAACUUGGUGAGGGCAAAGUUUCCCGUGUACCGGCGGUGUAAGUUACCGGUACCCAUUGCCGGGGAGCAUCGAUGUUUUGACAUCUUCAAACUGCCUGGGCCUGUCAGAGCCCGCCAGAACUGGUACAUACAUGGCUUCUUUCCUCUGCAGUGGUUCAGCCGAUGACUUCUGCUAACAAGGCAAAGUAAUAAGAAAACAAUAAGGCUUGUUCAACCCCAUUAUUCCCGCGCAUCGGUCGCCAAAUCCAGUGGCGCCAUGACCCCAUCAGCGACUCCUCCAAAGCCCGAAGGCGCCGACUCGGACGCUGGCGGCGGUGCCAAGCCGGCAGAGGCUGCCGAUGGUACGGACACGGCCCAGGCCAGCAUGCGAAAUGGGAACCCCUCGCCCCAGCCAUCUUCGUCUUCGCCGUCCUCUUCGUCGGUCGCCGACACGCUGGCGCAGGUAAGAGCCCAUCGCCUACCUACUGCUAGUCUCCUAGUGUACUGCCCUUGGAGAGGAGGUUGGACAAGCUUCAUCACGGGGUUUGUAUAGCCGCCCCGGUGUCCAUGUUCAGCCCUGCUCAACUCUGCUUUCCUAUACGUUUAUUAUGCAUAUCAUCCCUGCUGACAUGCUGUCCCUCCGGAUUACGGU